GUGGCGAUUGCGGUAGCGCCUCGGCGCUGGGCUGCGAGACGCGGCGUCCCGGCUUGCCCUCGCGGGCAGAAGUGAAGGGGGCACGCCUUUCGUAGGUCCACGAGACGGGCUGGACAGCCAGCCGUGCUGAGCAGCACCAAGGGUGGCGCUACCCCAUAGAGUGGGCAGCCUGCCUGGGGCAGCCAGCGCCGAGCCCGCAUGGCUCCUCCGAUCACCUACGCGUCGUCCUGGGCCCUGCAGGUCGAAGCCAGCGCGCGAUGGGACGACGCGAAAUGCGCCGCCGCGGCCCUCGACGCCGCCCACGACCUCGCGCUGGCCUGCGACGCCAAGGGUUUACUCACUUUAUGGAGGUGGCCUUUGAAAGACGACAUCCAACGUCCAUCGAAGUGCGAAGCUCUAGCGACGAAACGGACCAUCGGCCAGAUAGUACCGUCCUCACUGUUACAUGUGCCGAGAAAGAAGGGCUGCUUCGUAGCUGUUUUUGAAGAGGAACGCGAAGUCCACGCUUAUAUUGGAGACGAUAAGAUCCAUCACUACCCGUUACUCGUACUCGAUUCGAGGCCGACGGCUUGUACUAUACAUGGCGGUCUCGGCGAGUUGAUAUCAGCACACCCAGGAGCGGUCCGGUGUCAUUCACUGAGAGGCUUUGACCAGAGAGAUGUGAAAGCUCCCCAGCGCCUGGAGAUCAAGGUCGAUAAAAAUGCUGUGAUUACCGCGUUAUGUGCUUCGGACGACGCCGGCGUCCUCGUAGCCCUCAGUGCGAAGGGCGACUACUGGUGCUGGGACGCCUAUACCGGGCAAUCAUUAGCUGCCGGUGCCAAGCUCAAUGGGCCUAUGGCUUCGUCGGAGCUGUUCCGGGCGCACUUACAUGCGCCCAGUCGAUGCUUCGCUGCUCUGGAAAGACCGACGCCCAAGUCCGAACCGAAAUCCGACAAAGAGCGACGAAAAAUGAGACAAGCGACCAUGCGCCGCACUUGUACAAGAUUGUGGUUUUUAGAUGGAGCCCACCAGGCCGAGGCCCGGACCAAGGUCGACCACCGCAAUUACGCGCCCCUGACCUCGACUUUGUGCGACGCCGAAUCCGAGGACUGCUGUUUGUUACUUGUCGGUGAUUCAUCAGGAACAGUGAGAGGCUGGCACGUCUCGCAGGACGGUUGUGUAGCUGUGCUGUGCGCGCGCGUGCCGCAACUCCUACCCAUCUCCGGCGAUGGUUUUAUGAAGGUGUUCGGAUACAAGUCUCGCGUCGUCGUCUGUGCGGGCAAGGCAGUCAUCUGUGGUCUCACGCAUGAACCGUACUCCGAGCGACGCGUAGAAGUGUCUGAGGAGAUAGUACAACUCCAAUCUUCCGAGGAUACCUUGAUCACUCUAUCAAAGAAUUACCUGGACGGCGACGACGCCGCAGGACCACUAACAAGAGUACCGUCGGCCAUCGCCCGAGUCUUGCUCAAGGCCUUUGGCGAUAGUGAGCCGGGCUGGCUCGUUGGAUUUGAGGACGGAGAUCUCGAGAUCAUCACGCCCCACUCGCGAGGGCGAGGCCGCGAACCCCGAAAACUGCUUGGUAGGGCGUCGUACGUCGCGGCGUGCACGUCUUUUCUGAUCGAUAAUAUUGCGGGCGACGACCAGCGCGAGGUCUUUUUGGCGGCGUACGGUUCAGGCGAGAUCUGCGGCUGGUCGGCGGAAAUAGGUUCUCAGCCUGAUUUCCACCUGCCGCAGCACGGCGCGCCCAUCCUCCUGGCGGAGGCCAUCGGGACGCAGGUUCUCGUUCUGUCGAGAGAUGGCGAGUGCCGGUUGUGGGACUUAUCGUCAAUAUUGGAUGAAGAUGAAGGAGACAUGCGCUUUCCGCUGGUGGGACGGUUUGAUGCGUCUGCAUGUGGUUGUGCUGCUGUACUAGAGCCGCGGAAAGGUCUAGUGGGUGAGAUUGUUAUCGGAAGUGCUACUGGCUCUCUAGAAGUGUGGGUACUACCUGGUCAGGAUGAAUCCGUCAGGACUAUGACGCAGACGUGCCAUGCAUCUUCUGUUACAUGUAUAGCGUCCUCCAAGGGUGGCCAAGCCUACUCGCUACUGACGGCGUCGGCCGAAUCCAUAGUAAGGUGGGUGCUUGACGAGCACGGUUUACAAGCUCGCGAGAGGUUUCCGGUGAGUCGGGCACCGUCCUCACUAGUCAUUUUACCGCCGUUGAAGGGCGGCGACCCUGAUUUAUGGCGCUUUGUUGGCUCCUACGCGUCUACGUCUUCAAUGAUCGUGCAGCGGCGACGACGCGACGUCUUCGGCCGCAUUGGGAUGUAUGCCAUCAUACCGCAACGACCACCGACACCAUUACGCCAGAAGCUACCGGACGUCGACCACGACCAGCACUUUACGACUCACAAUUUCCGCGGGUGCGAUGUGGAAAUUGGCGAGAGUAAGUCAAGGGCCAUCAUCCUGGGCGGCAAGGAGGGCUCCGUGAAGCCGCCCGGGACGCCACCUCCUCCGGUGGAGAAGCGGGUCUUCCACAAAGAAUCCGUGAAGAGGCAACCGCGGACGCCGAAUCUACUGAUUACGUAUUUCGGCAAAGGGCCUACGCACAAUCCGGAGAUUCCCUCGCAUAUUGUGCAGCAUACGGCGGAUCGGGGGCCUAGACAGGCGUAUCCGGCCCACCUUGAGAACAAGGCUACUGCUCGGCCCGGCACUGCCAUUGAAGAGGAAGAGCGGCCCCCGACCCAGCCCUGUUCUCCGUCCGCUACCAUCGUACCCGUAGCGCCCUCGGAUACCACUGGUAGACAGUUGAAAACCGUCGAUAAACCAGUGGCACCUUCUUUGCCCGGCACGAGCGCCUACCGACAACAGAUCCUCAAGGAGAAGAAGCUCGGGCCCUUGCCGGCCGACGAUCCGCGGCUCCAACCGCACACGAAGGAACACGUGAGUAGACACGCGAAUCUCAUGCCGGCGUCGACGCCGCCCAAAGGUGCUUUGGAGGGACCUAUUGACGUGACAGCUAUCGAGGACUGGGCGCCGCCGUCGAUUGACGAGGAACCGUUGGAUCACGACGAGUUGGAGCGGCGCCGGAAAUUGGCCCUCAUCUACGGCGCGGACGCGGACGAGUCGGCGUGGCGGCCGCCGUACAUCACGUCGAACGUCGCUCCUUCGCAAUCCUGCCCCGCGAUUACGGACGACAAGCUCACGACCAUGAAGUUCACGUCGUCGUUGACCGACAAGCACGCUAUGAAAGGAAAGGAGCGAGCUCGCAAGGCCAUGAGGGGCAUCCGAGACGUGAGGAAACGCCCGAAGUCGCCCACACCGGUCGAAGCUGAGGAUUUAUCGUUAGUCUUCCGCAAGAAGAAGGUCAAGCCCAAGGGCUGGGCCCUCCUCAAGGCGAGGAAGAAGGAGGCGGUCAGCCUCGGCCAGAUGCCUCUGGGCGGAUUGGAAGCCGAGGAAAUUCGGGAGCUCAUGGCCGAGAAACGUCGAAGGCUGGAGGAGAAGAAUAAUGAGCCGAUAAAAGGUAUCAGGGGCCGGCACUGGGGCUUCGUCUUCGAGGACGGGGUUUCUGAUGAAGAAUAUGAGAGACGGAGACGGUUAGCCGAACUCGAGGCUCGCGCUCGAGCGAGGCAUGAGGCGGAACUCAAGCGUUUACAACAGGAGGAGGAGGAGGAGGCGCGUCGACUGGAGGCCGAGCGGUUACGCGAAGAAGCUGCGAGACGCGCGCAGCUCGAGGCCGACGAGGAGGAAGCGGCAGAACCGGAGGACCCCCUCGCCGCCGAGCGGGCUUCGCUAGAUGAGUACGAUCUGGGGCUGUACGAGAUUUUUAAUUCGCUAUUACCACCAAACGACAAAAAAAGAUUACUGCCCUUUCCUAGACUGAUGCAGUGGCCUGUAGCGGCCAAUGGUACCGCAUUAGGUGUCGACAAGGGUGCGGUCCGGGACUUGUACAAGCAGGCGCACCGCUGCAAGCACGGCGGCGACCGGGGCAAUUAUCGGGAUUUCAUCGUGUUCGCUCGGUUGCUCGAUUGCGAGUUCAUCCGUUCGAGGCUGGGUCCCUCGGUCACGGCCAUUUCAGUUCUCAACAAUAGCUGCGAGGAGGUCGUCCUGAGUGAGGACCCUCCGGAGGUGUCUCACGUCGUCCUCGUGAAGCUGAGAGUGGCUUAUGAACGUACGUCGGAUGCCGAAGAGUUAGCAGAGUCAAAGGAUGUGCUAAGGCAAGCGCGGCGGUUACCGGAGGGGCGGUGUGCCUUGCAAGUUUAUGUGAAAGCUGCACUAGUCUCGGAUCCGCCGCCGGCCUACGAUGAAGUACUAUCAGACGGCGUCGUCGCGACUGACGACGCCGUUGAUUUGGAAGGGUUACAGCCAGAUAAGGAUUAUGUAGCUUACGCUAUCGUGACGGAAGUCCCACCGGACGACUCUCGACCCAAGCUCUGCAAGAACCUCCAAGACAAGGCUAGGGAGCUCCUGGUGGCAUCACGAAUCGCCUUCACGACGCCACCGCUACCACAAGUAGGUGCACUAGCGGAGAACGAAAUAGGUAUUGGCUGGGCCGACCUGUCCCCGGAGGCGCGGCAGACGGAGCUGAACGCCGCUUUGAAGGACAAGCUCGUCAAGGCAGCUAUUGAGGAAGCUGGAUUAGAACUCUGUAAACCAGAUGACUGGAAGCCAAUUAUCAGAGAGAGAAAUCCGGCGGCCAAGAAACGAUGGGACGCCUGGGAGCACUGGUGGCCCCGGUCCGGUCAGGUGCGGAAGGAGUUCCUCGAGAGGGAGAUGAUGUUUGCCGCAACACAAUCUAACAUGCAAGAAGCGGCCGCCGCCGAGGGCGUCACGCCACCGUCGAAGGAAGAUUUCGAGAAGGCCAAGAGCGACCCCGAAGCUGCUGCGCGGGUCGAGAAGUUCCAGAAGUGGUACUCCGGGGCCUGCGACGACUCGGACAGCGAGGAAUUCGAGGAUGAAGGGUUUGACGACCUGUUCGCGGCAGCCGAAGAGUCUGAAGAGGAGGAAGAAGCUGUCCCGUUCGUCAGAGGCGGUCGGGCCCAGGCGAAGAAGGAGGCCGCGCACAAGGCCUCAUUUAAAGCUUCGAGCAAGCCCAACGACGGGGUGGUGGAGGUCGCCGCUCUGAAACCACUGCCGGCGCCCGUGGCCAAGGUGGUCGAGGCGAAGCCGGAGACCGUGGUUGUGGCCGAGGCCGUCCCUGAAGCCGUCAAGUCGCCCUCCGGCUCUGAAGCGGUUUCUCCCACGCGGACGCACACGACGCGUGUCAGUACGCCGAAGCGCAAGAAGGACGCCGCCGCGAAGGCGCUGCGCGUCCAGGCGCGCCUAGCUGCUGCUGCGGCGCGCCUGAAAGCGCGCACAGCAUUCUUGGGAGGCAGAGCCAACAAGGUCGACGAGGUCCGUGAUUCUGCGUGGGAAUUACGACGCCGUCGCCGCGACGCCGUCGUCAUGAUCAUCAGAGAGUGAGCCGUGACGGGAUGAAUCCGCGCAGGUCAAGGGCAAGAUCGAGGAAGCGCUGGCCAACUACGUGCCCCCGAAAAGAAAGCACCUGCGCGUCUACGUGCGCAUGAUCAUGACCAUGCUGCGCAUGCAGAGGGGCGCGAAGGAGAAGAAGAUCCAGAGAGCAACGCAAGAUGAUGAAUUGCCGGACCCGGACGACAUCGAGCUGUUUGGCGACUUCGACGAGGACGUCGUCAUCAAGCGGGCGGACCAGAUGGCGCUCGACUCGCUGGAGAACCGGGAAGACAAGGGCGAACCUACGGCGCCUUUGUGGGAUUCCCUUGAUUCUACGUCGCGGAACAAUGAACUACGGCUCGCGUGCUUGCUGCCCGAUGUCGUCGGUUCGGCCUUGGAGCAGAUGAUUCAAGUACCAGAACCGGAAGAUUUCGAGACGCCUGAACGUUUAUCCAGAGUCGAGGUAUUUGUCAAGUGGUACUCGACCGAUGCCGAGACGCGGAAUCGCGUCUUCACCGAGUUUGAGUGUAAGAGAGCCCACGAGGACCAAGACGUCUUAGAUAAAGCGGAGGCUGAUGGCAUUCCCGGUCUCGAUCAGUGCUCGAACGCCUUCAAGCGGUGGUACGGUGCUUCUCCAAUGCGUGCCGUAUUUCUGGCCAAAGCCGCGGAGAACGAAUUAUGUAAGAGACGGUUUCGAGCCUGCCGGGACCUGCCCGGAUCGACGCCCGAUUCCAAUCAGAAUCAGUUCCUCAUACUGAGUUUACCACCGCUGGCCGUACCCGCAAGACCCCCACCCCCUCCUAUUCGGUAUCAAGUCUAUCCCUCAACGAGUGACGAGCGGUGGUCCGUCAAUGAAAUGUUGCGGUGGUACUCGGCGGACCGAUUACAGCGAGAAUUAGAUUUACUGAGAAGGCUCCAGGUACGCGACUCAGAGUCCAUUGAUAUGUUCUUCAAGUGGACGCGGCCGCCGCGACGCCGUCGACGCGGCCGCGUCGCGACACCGUUUCCGCGCAGGCCGACGCGGCGAAGAAAUGGACGGAUGAAAAAUGGGCGCGCGAGGAGGGCAAGCGCCAGCGCGGUUCUCGUAAAGGCAUGGUCGACGAGGACCGACGGAGUGCACUGAUGCGACAGGCUUUACUUGAGCUCGAAGUCACGUACGACGCGGUCGGUGCCUUUUCGGUCACGGUCGAUGCGCACAAAGCUGUACGAGACGUCACGCAAGUCUUCUACGAGGAGGACCGGCAGGUGCUGCUGACGGAGGUCGAGAAGGGUUUCGAGCUGCGUCCUGAAACGCCAUCGACGCGACGCCUGCUCGAUGGCGUGGCGAUCACGCGACUCACUGGUUGAUUCCGCACAGGUUUCGAGGACUCCGAAGGUCUUAACAGAACAAGAGGCGUCGGCUCGGGCCUCGACAACGGCGACGAGGCGAGAGAUCGAGCGUAUCAGAAGCAGCUCGAAGAAGAAGAGCGAGCGCGCAGGGAGGCCGAGGAGCGCAAGGCGCGCUUGGAGCGGGCUCGUCAAAGACGAGAGGAGGCUCGCCGGAAGAAGCACCAGGACGAGCGGGCGGCUCGGGUUCGUGCUAAUAAGGCUGAGGUGGACAGGGUCGAGGCGUUGUUUGUUCAGAUAAGGAAACAACGCGCGCAAAAGAAGGUCCAAGAUGAGCUCGAUCGGCUGGACGCGGAGGCUCAAAAAGCUGUGCACAAGGCGAUGCAGCGACUCGAAGCUGCGGAGGUCGCCAAUAACUGUCUGCGCUUCUACGCCGAGCAGGCCAUCGCGCCCUUGUUGGCAUUGCAACGGUUGCCUGUCGCAGAAGAAGUUGUGGAAGAGGAGGACGAGGAGAGCGUCGACGCGGAGGAGGAGUACAUUCGCGCUGAACAGCAACGGUUGAACGACAUCGUCUACGCGCCCUUCGAACCUAGAUUUCCGGAUGAUGACCAGGAGGACGAGAUUGUACUAAGGACCGUCGAGCCCCUCGUCAGGAAAAGAUCUCGGGACCCGCAAUGUGUCUCCUACGGCGAGUUGCUCCUGCGGACGACGCCCAAGAUGGUUCCCGUGCUCACGUCGAUCGGUGAUAGAUAUAGGGAGAAACACCUGGGCAAGCUGCCGCCCUUAUCCUGUGACACGGUUAUAGAUGGAUUGCGACGACGCAGGACGCUCGCGCUUUCGUCGGGCUUGGACGCUUUAGAUUUAGUACCUCCGGACGGCACGCGUCUCGCGCUGACGGCGCCGCCGACGCCCGCCUCGCCGACGCGGACGAGGAAGAAGCUUCCGGCACUGCCCGAUCCGGCCGUGCCCCUCUUCCCGGCGCCCGGCCCGUCGCACAAGGUGCUGCGGGCCGUCGCGGCGGCGCGGCGGCGCGUGGCGGACGUGCGGCGGGAGGCCGACACGGAGAAGCGGGCGCGGUCCUCGCACGGGCUGCGCGCGUACGCGUCGUUUAGCGGCGAGCCGCUCGGGCUGCUGGGCGGAACUAUGAGCAUCGCGCGGCCUACGUCUAUGAAGGACCUGCGGCCGGUCGCCGUGGCUACUGAUGCUGCGACCGCAGAGAAAUAAAUUUGGUUUGUGUUA